CUCUGGUUCUCAAUAUUUUUGACUAUAUAUAGAACCGAAAGAGAGGAAAAAAAAAAAAAAAACGGUGCAAAGAAGAAAAAUGGCAAAUUUUGUUCUGCAGGUUCCAAGUACGUUGAGGAACUUCACUGUGUCUGCUUCGUCUAACGGGGCUCCUCCUGGUGGUUCUGGAAGCAGUGGCGGCGGCCCAGUGAUAGUGGAGCUUCCUUUAGAUAAGAUAAGAAGGCCUCUGAUGAGAACGAGAGCAAAUGAUCCAAACAAAGUUCAAGAACUCAUGGAUAGUAUCAGUGAAAUUGGUCUUCAAGUGCCUAUUGAUGUCCUGGACGUUGAUGGAACUUAUUAUGGUUUCUCUGGCUGUCACCGCUAUGAGGCUCACCAACGCCUUGGACUUCCCACCAUUCGUUGCAAAAUACGCCGUGGUACAAAAGAGACUCUAAGACAUCAUCUGCGCUAAACUUCUGAUCAUGUUAUCAUUCAAAGUUGGUAGAUGCCAAUUACUUCUGAAGAUAUAUUAUGGACAUAUCGUGGCUGUAAUGUGCUAUAGUUAUGUAUAUAUAUGAAGAUGUAAAUUUUCCUCUUAAUGAUGAGGACAUUGCACUAUUACUACUGAAAAAUUCAUAAUUUAGUUACUUUGACUC